AUGACGUAGUUCCGCCAUCUUGGCUCUGAGGCUGUGGAGGGUAGCUACUAGCUCUUAGCUCAGCUCCUCGCUAGUAUCUGGUUGAUUUAGUCUGCGUGAGAUUAAAGUGAACGUGGUUCCGGCUCUUCGGGUCUGAACCUGAACCUGAAUCCGCGUCGGGGGGACUGAUGGACGGGGAAGAGGAGGACUUCAUGUCCGGGGCCCGCUCCGAUGACGGCGGCGGCACUCCGGUUCAGGACGAACACCCGGGGACAGACGGCGAGGACGUGAGGAGCGACAGACACGAGUCUGAGGACGAGGACAGCCCCGAGGAGGACGGCCCCCAGGCCGCUGAGCCCAGCGGGGCCGCCAGCGGCUCCGACCACGAGGAGCGACCAGCGGCCGACAGCGACUCCGAGGUGGAGGCCCCCGGGAGCCACCAUGACAAGAGUGACUCGGAGAGUGACUCCGAGGUGGAGGCCCCCCGUCCGGCCGCCGGCGACUCCCCAGUGAAACGCAGGACGAGUGGAUCAGACAAUUCGUCACCGGUCAAACACAGAGCGUCGGAUCAUGAGGAGGGGGAGGGGUCGUCUCCUCCUCCCAAACGCAGAGGGAGUAGCUCGGACGGGGGGGACGGGGGGGACAGGCCCCAAGCGGCCGUGGACAGCGACUCAGAGAACGAGGACGUCAAACCUGCGGCGUCCAAACAGUCCAAUGCCGACAGUGACUCUGACACAGAGACGCCCACAAAACGAAAGGCGGCACAGAUAGACUCAGACGAGGAGGGGGGGGGGCAGGAAAGGAAACCGGAGGAAGUGGGAGGGGGGGGGAAGUGGAACGCUGUGAUGCAGUCUGACAGUGAGGAUGAGGAGGAGGGACAAAAGAGGAAGGCUGCAGCCGGAAGUGACGGAGAGAAGCAGGAGGAGCAGAGCGACGACGAGAAGCCAGUGAAGAGGAAGAAGGCCAUCCUGUCAGACAGUGAGGAAGAGGAGAAAGUAGAUAAACCAGCCAAGAGGAGUCGGGCGGUGUCGGACGACGAGGAGAACUCGGACAGCGACGCGGGGGGGGGGCCUGAUAAGAGCCUGGCAGCCAAACUGAGGGAGCUCGGCUCCGACAGCGGCAGCGAGGAGGAGAGCGCGAAGGCGGCGGGGGGGCACCAGGACGAGCAGGCGCUGUUCGGCAGCGACAGCGAAUCAGGAGACGAGGAGGAGAAGAUGAUCGCAGAUAUCUUCGGGGAGUCCGGGGAGGAAGAGGAGGAGGAGUUCACGGGUUUCAACCAGGAGGACCUGGAGGGGGAGAAGCAACAGGCCAAGGAGCAGCAGCAGCAGCAGGAGGAGCAGGAGGAGUCGGAGUCGGACGACGGAGUCGACCGCAGCGGUCAAGACACCAGCUUCAUGUCAGACUUCGACAUCAUGCUCGCUCGGAGGAAAGCCCUGAACAGCAAGAGGAGGAGACACCGGGACGGAGGGACGUUCAUCAGCGACGCCGACGACGUGGUCAGCGCCAUGAUCCACAAGAUGACCGAGGCUGCAGAGGAGGAUCGAACUCUGAACAGUCAGAAGAAACCAGCGCUGAAGAAACUCACACUGCUGCCGCAGGUCGUCAUGCACCUGAAGAAACAGGACUUGAAGGAGACGUUCAUCGACAGCGGGGUGAUGUCGGCCAUCAAAGAGUGGAUCAGUCCUCUUCCAGACAAGUCGCUGCCUGCGCUCAGGAUCCGAGAGGAGCUGCUGAAGAUCCUGCAGGAGCUGCCCAGCGUCAGUCAGGAGACUCUGAAGCACAGCGGCAUCGGCCGCUCCGUCAUGUUCCUGUACAAACACCCCAAAGAGUCUCGACCCAACAAAGACCUGGCGCUCAAACUCAUCAAUGAGUGGUCGCGGCCCAUCUUCGGUCUGACGUCCAACUACAAGGGGAUGACGAGAGAGGAGCGGCAGCAGAGAGACCUGGAUCAGCAGAUGCCUCAGAAACGACGACUGAGCUCCGGGGGCCAGACGCCUCGCAGAGACCUGGAGAAGCAGCUCACUGGAGAGGAGAAAGCUCUGCGACCCGGUGACCCCGGGUUCUGCGCCCGGGCUCGAGUCCCGAUGCCGUCCAACAAGGACUACGUGGUUCGACCCAAGUGGAACGUAGAGGGCGACUCCAGCAGGGGGCCCAUGAAGAAGGGCGUGUCCCGGGUCGAUAAGCAGAUGCGUAGAAUCGCUGAAGUCCGACGCCUGACGAAGCCGGGCCACGCCGUGAAGAUCAGCGUCCAGGGAAACCACAUGCCGCUCUGAUUUUAACCUCCCUAGGAUUUAUACACUUGUUUUUCUUUUUAGUGUUUUGUUCCUGACCCCCCCCCCCCCCCCUUCCUCCUCAGGUCCGGCCCUGCCUUGCUCAAGGGCUGAGGUCAAAGUGUGAAUGUCUGGUGAUGUCACAGAUAUUUGAGAGAUUUUGACCUCGCAGGUUUUUCAGGAACCAAACGAUCCACCUCUGCCUUUUUGUUUCUGAAUGUGAAGGUGUUUUUAUGUUUUGUCCCCUCUCUGCUGCCGUAGCAGCUGUACAGCUGUGAUCAGGACUCACACAAUGAAUGUUGUGUAUCUGAUGAUGAUUUUGUUAAUAAAGUCACAAACUCUCUUCA